AUGAAAGGACAAAUUGAAGGUCAAGUAGAUAUUAGAUCUUAUCAAGUGCGAACUGAAGAUGGUCGUGUCUAUAGAAGAAAUCGCAAACAUCUACGAUCUUCUAAUGAAACAUUUAAUCCUAAUUCUUCUGAAAACCCUCCUUAUUUUAAGCCAAUUGAUAUUCUGAAUAAUCCUCCUGCAAAUGUUGAUACACAACCUCAAAAUACUAAUGUUGAUGUAACCAAUAAACCUGAUAUUGUUCAUGAUAAUUUUGACAAUGCUCCUUAUGAAAUACCUAUUCCAGAUGUAAAUGUGUCUAAACAUAUUAAUUCCUGUGGUCCACCCCCAAAUAUAACCAGUAUGUUAACAGUGAUACCUGAGUUGAUCGUAUCAGGAUCUAUUGUAAACUAUACUUGUCAGUUCAAUAGAAGUAUAACGUUAACAGCAGUAUGUGAUUCAAAGAUUCAAGAAUGGAUAUAUGAAGACUCUGUUAUCUGCCCACGUAAGUUAUUGUUGUUGAGCAUAAUACCAUCACAAGAUCAAUGA